AUGGAUAGCGAUAAAGCAUACUACGAUGUCGUUGCGUUGACACAAGCACUUGUGCAGAUUGAUUCAUCGAAUCCUGGUCUGGGCACUGUUGGCGGCCCAGGAGAAACCACCAUUGCGAGAUACAUCAAAGCAUGGCUGGAUCGUCACGGAAUCGAAUCGCACUGGAUAGAACCAGUUGCUGGCAGGCCUUCACUGGUUGGUGUCGUGCGUGGAUCAGGUGGUGGCCAGAGUCUGAUGCUUAACGGACACACCGACACCGUGACGUUGUUAGGCUACGAUGGAGACCCAUUGAGUGGUGAAAUUAUGAAUGGUUGUCUCUAUGGUCGAGGAUCUGCAGACAUGAAGAGCGGCCUUGCGGCAGCCAUGAUCGCCCUUGUCCGUGCAAAAGAGCUUCAUCUCCGAGGCGAUGUACUUCUUGCCGCAGUGGCUGACGAAGAAGGCCCUAGCAUUGGAACCGAGCAAGUCAUAAGAGCUGGCUGGCGAGCUGAUGCUGCGGUGGUGGCCGAGCCUACCGAGAUGGCAAUUGUCAACAACCAUAAGGGCUUCGUGUUGUUCGAAGUAGACAUCCAUGGCCUAGCCUCACAUGGCUCACGACCGGACCUCGGAAUCGAUGCCAUUGUCAAGGCUGGGUACUUUCUUGUCGAGCUCGGACGUCUUGCUCAUGAGCUACGGUCUCGCUAUGACAACCAGACGGAGCCUGAAACGAGUGCUCCUAAUGUACACGCUGGCAUCAUCAAAGGUGGGGAAGAGAUUUCCUCGUACCCAGCACGGUGCACGAUUGGCGUAGAGCGGCGUACUGUUGCGGGCGAGACGAUUGAUGGAGUCACGGCUGAGCUGGAGACCAUUUUGAAGAACCUCGAAGCUACGGUUCCUGAUUUCAAGUACGAUCUGCGCGUGACAAUAUCCAGGCCGCCAUACAAAAUUUCUAGCAGCAGCGACUUUGUUCAACAGGUUUUGAAACACGCGAGCGAAGCAACAGGGCGUGAUCCUACGAUCAAAGGCGAGACCUACUGGACAGAUAUGGCAUUGCUGAGCGAGGCAGGAAUCCCAGGCGUUAUUUGGGGCCCGACAGGCUACGGAUUACACUCAAAAAAGGAAUGGGUGGAGGUCGACUCCGUCCGUCAGCUUACCGAAGCGUUCACUAUGCUCGCGGCCGAUUUUUGUAAAUGA